AGGAAGAGGGCGCCGGAGCUCGGCAGGAACAAGGCCACGAUCAAGGGCAGAGUCGUGAAGUCGGCGAUAGAGGAGUAUCACAAGAAGAAGGCUGUGAAUCACUUGAGAGCAAACUUGCAGUACAUGCUGAAGGGGCGAUUUGUUGCAAACAAAGCCAUCACAGAACAAGUUCUUGCUCAGAACAGAGGGAGGAAGUCCAAAGAUCAGCCUCCAAAGAAGGCGGCAAAGAAGAAGCCCGAGGGCACUGUCUUUACUGAGGAAGAUUUCCGUAAAUUUGAGAGAGAAUACUUUGGGAGACCAUAA